UGUUCAAAGAAAAAGUGAGAGCCAUGGCUGCUGCUUCUGGAAAUCCAGUGGGGAAUUUCUGCCAGGAGGCCACUUGCCCCAUCUGCCUGGACUAUUUCAGGGAUCCGGUGACCAUUGUAGAGUGUGGGCACAAUUACUGCCGUGCCUGCCUAGUCCAAUGCUGGGGGCCCUCGAAGCAAAAGGCCUCCUGCCCCCAGUGCAGGGCGAGAGCGCAGCCACAGCAGCUCAUCCCCAACCGGGCCUUGGCCAACUUCGUGGAAUUGACCAAGAAACUGAGCCUCCGGGGGGAGGAAAGGCUCUGCCAGAAGCACCAGGAGCCCCUCAAGCUCUUCUGCAAGGAGGACCAGAGCCCCAUCUGCGUGGUUUGCGACCGGGCCAAGGAGCACAAAGAUCAUCAGGUGGUUCCUGCAGAAGAGGCUGCCCAAGAGUUGAAGGAGAAGUUACAUGGAAACUUAUGGGAACUAAAGAAAAGAGAAGAAUACAUUCUAGCAAAUACAGAAAAGAUAAAACAGGAAGGCCAAAACUUACUUAUGCAUACAAGAGCAGAAAGGGAAAACAUGGUGGCAGAAUUCAGAGAACUGCAUCAGUUUCUGGAAGAACAAGAGAAACAUCUGCUGGCCCAAUUGCAUGAGGUGGAGAAGGAGAUUAUAAGGGAAAGAGAGGAGCAGCUGGCCCGGGUGGCCAAGGAACUCUCCAGAUUUCAAAAUCUCAUUGCAGAGAUAGAGAAAAUGAGUCAGAAGCCAGUGAGUGAGUUCCUGCAGGACAUUGAAAACACCAGGCAAAGAUGUCAAGAGGAGUUGAAUCUUCCUGAUAAACGGCAGUAUCGUAUUUCUCCUACUGUGAAAUGGAGGACUUGGGAAUUCUGUGACAUUAGUUCCUUCAUGAAGUGUGUGAUGAAACAAUUCAAAGACAAGCUCAUUUCUGGAAUUCAGCUGCAGAAAGCAAAUGUGACCUUGGAUCCAGACACAGCUCACCCAAGGAUCAUCUUGUCGGAGGAUCGUAAAAGUAUGAAACUAAACUCUAAAUCGAAAGGUCUACCCCCAAAUCCAAAGAGAUUUGACCAUUAUUUGUUUGUGCUGGGAAAUGAGGAAUUCACAGCAGGCAGAUAUUUCUGGGAUGUCAGAGUGGAAAGUGACUACUGGGCUGUGGGAGUGGCGAGGAAAUCUGUGAGGAGAAAAGGCCAGUUUAAAUGUGGUCCAGAGGAAGGUUUCUGGGCUGCAGGGAACUAUAGGGGAGAACAUACAGUUCCUGACUUCACUUCCAUGAGUGGGCGGGCCAGCAUAGUACGGGUGUCUCUGAACUGUUCCGGUAGGCGGGUGGCCUUUUAUGAUGCAGAAACAGCAGAUCUUCUCUCUGUUAUCUCAGGAGUCCCAUUCUCUGAGGAAAGUGUCCAUCCAUUCUUUUAUCUGGGACCAAAAAAACGUGGCUUCUUUGCUAAAAUUUUGGGGGCUUUUGACUUUCUCUUACACUCACCCCCUACAACACUCUGUAAGGAAAUGCAAAGUGAAAGCAGCAACUGUGAUCUUUGUAAGUCAGACAUGGCUGCUACCCAAGGUCCCUUUCAGGAUCUUUGUAAAGAAGCCACUUGUCCUGUUUGCCUGGAUUAUUUCAGGAAUCCUGUAACCUUAGACUGUGGGCACAACUUCUGCAGAGACUGCCUGACUCAGUUCUGGGAGAAGUCAGGCAACCCAGAGAUCUCCUGCCCUCAGUGCCGAGAAAUCAUUUCACAAAAGAACCUCAGGACAAAUCAGCAGCUAGCCAACUUUGUAGAAAUAACAAAGAAAUACAGUACUCAGGGGUCCAAGAAGGCAAAAGGCAAGGAGAGAGUCUGUGAGAAACACCAGGAGACUCUGAAUCUUUUCUGUAAAGAUGACGAAACCCUCAUCUGUGAGAGGUGUGACAAGGAGCACACUGAUCACAGAAAGAUUCCUCUGGGGACAGCUGCUCAAGACUACAAGCUUUUGAUGGGUGUUCGUCAGGAUGAUCUGGUGAAGGUGAGAGAAAAGAUUCUGGAAUAUAAAGCAGAGUCAGAAAAGGAAGCCCAAGACCUGUUUAAGCAGACAAAAACAAAAAUGGAAACAACCUUACAAGAAAUCAGAGAAAUGCAGCAGUUUCUGGCUAAACAGGAGAAACAUUUCCAGGCCCAGAUGGAGGAGUUGGAGAAGCAGAUUGCAAGGAAAAGAGAUGAACACUUGAUCUUACUUACCCGGGAACUUUCCUCUCUGGAAAGUCUCAUCCAGGAGACAAAAGAGAAAUGUCAGCAGCCACCAGCAGAACUGCUGCAGGAUGUGAGGAAUCUCUUGCAGAGGUGUGAAGCAAGAAAGGAGUUCAAGAAACCUGAUGUUUUUCCUCUUGAGUUGAAGUGGAAGAUCUUGGACUAUGGAGAUAUAGCUCUGCUUCUGGAAGUUAUCAUGAAACAAGUCAGAGAUGAGUUAAAAUCUGGAUUUACACUACAGAAAGCAACUGUAACUUUGGAUCCGGACACAGCUCAUGACCACCUUAUCCUGUCUGAGGAUCGUAAAAGUGUAACAUAUGGAGACGAAUCUCAAAACUUGCCGGACAAACCGAAGAGGUUCAAGAAAACUUUUUCUGUCCUGGGAUGUGAUGGAUUUACAUCAGGCAGACAUUUCUGGGAAAUCUGUGUGGGAGAAGAGGGCCAGUGGCUGGUAGGAGUUGCCAGAAAGUCUAUAGAGAGAAAGGGCGACAUUGUCUUUGGGCCUAAGGGGGGAAUCUGGGCUAUAGGGAAGUGGGAUGGCGCAUAUAAGGUUACUAACGAUCCUGAGUUCACACCUCUGUCUCUGAACAGUGAGCUCAAAAGGGUUCGAGUGUCUGUGAACUAUAUUGGGGGCCAGGUGGCCUUUUACGAUGCUGAUACAGGAGUCCAUCUCUAUUCAUUCUCUGGGGCUCCAUUCAUAGGAAAGAUACUUCUUCCUUAUUUUAAUGUGAAUAAAAAAGGGCAUCUGAGAAUUCCUCCUUAAGGCAGCAAAACAAGUUGACCACAUGCACCCUACAUCCUGCAAGAUUAAGACUUUGGAUUUAUCUCCUUUAAAGGGCAGAGAUAGUGCUUUAGUGUAGUGGUUCCCAAAUUGUUCUGUGAAACCCUAGGAUUCGACAAAAGCAUAGUAGGGCGUAAAGCCCAACUUCAGAACAAUUUAAUUACAAAUAUUAAACAAGUUUAAUAUAUCAGUU